CACAAGCAAGCUACCAUUCAUUGCGAUAAGAAAAACAGUUAAAUAUUUAUUUUAAUUAACUUUUAUUUUUGCUUAUCAAACUACCAAGUCUGGGCACAAAUGAAUAAAUAGUUUGUUAUCUUAUAUGAACGUGUUAUUGACUUAUAUAUCCUAUGUGAACAGUAUUGACUAUGAACUGCUUUAAUAUAUAUAGCAAAUAUAUCAUAAUAAAGGCAUAAAAAGACAAAAAAAGUAAUUAGACUAUCAGCUUAUGCGUGUGAAUGUAAUACAUUGUAAGAUGGAAUGAAUGUCACUACUAAAAUCAAUCGUGAUAGUGUAACGUACCGUACAUAUAGGCAUACGUGGGAUGAAUCGUAAGUUGCAAAAGGAUUUCAGAAUAGGAUAGCUUCCCCUCUAUGUUAGCAAUAUGUAAAGAAAUCCUAGCGUAACAUGCGUUACGUAUGAGAGACUUCUGUCAUGCAUGUGUGAAAAAUAAUUUGAGGUAAAUGACAACAAUGGUGCAAUUCAUGGGCAUAAACUUUUACCGGAACAUUCAUGCCUUCGCUAUGGUUCUUAUAAAUUGCUUAAGUUGUGGCUUUGAUUUGUUUUGGCAUAUUCCCGCAGGAUUGGUGUACUGUUUGAGGUCUGUGGAGUCCUCUGAAUAUCUGAAACUAAGGAUCUGUUGCCGCUAAAUCUGACGAUCACAUCGACCAAGGAAUGUCUGCAUUUACCGAAAUAAUUUUAAGCCCGAAAUAAAAGUCCGAGAGUGUGUCUGAAUAUCUGAACUGUUGUGCAGUAUUGCUUGGAACUAAGCACCACGCUUUCCCUCUAAUGCAGAGAAUCAAUUAUCGCACGCUAUCCAUCACCAAUAGCAGCGACUGCCUUGCCCAUAUUAUUAUAGAGGAAGCCAAUAUGUCUCUAGCAGCAGACAUUGGAUAUUCGACAUUUCAAAGCUUGCUUACCAGAGGCGCAGAGGUGAAAGUGUUCUCCUAUGCUCACGUAAACAAAUUGACAGUGAUAAUUAAAAUAUUUUCACCAUACAUUUGCUGCAGCGAUCACACGAGACAUUCACACUUUUCAUUCUCAACAACAUGUUGCUGCAACAUUUUGUGAAUUUUUGGUUAUUUUUAAUGCUAUUAAAUUUAACCAAAGUUAGAAUGAUUGUCGUGGACAAGCUAAUCAAUGUCAAUGCAAAUAUAACGAAUACAACAAUUACAACAACCUCGACUACGACUAUAGUAACUCGCUUAACGCCAGCUAUUAAAGAUGAAAAAAAUAUAACCUCUUCUGCGACCCUUAAACAAACGGCGAAAUUCUUUAAUAAAAGUUCGUCGAAGAAACGUAAAACUGUAGACGUCUCUUCUAUACCGAUCGGCGACUCUAGUACGGAGUGGCGUUGUCCUAACAUAACGGGAAUGCGUAGUUUGGAAUGUGGUUGCGACUUGCCUCACACUCUUCGCUGUAACGGUGACUUGCAUGGCUUAGGGGUUUUGGCCGAUAACUUGCGCAAUUCACCUUUCUCCGUAGCCCUAUUAGAUAUUGCUUUGCGUAACGUUACAUUCCUCAGUGAUGCUCGUAUCUUUGAGGGCGUAUCGUUGCGUUGUUUAAUCAUUUCGUCGGGCGAAAUAAAACGUGUACACAAGUCGGCUUUUAUGGAUAUAAAAGGCCCCCUAUUGGCUUUGGGUUUGCCCGGUAACGCUUUACCCAGCGUACCAUGGAGUUCGAUAUCGUUGCUAGUGGAAUUGGAACGUUUAGACUUAUCGAAUAAUAGAAUAAAAGCUUUGAGCAGCUCAGACUUAACCUCUUUGAUCAACUUAGAGUAUCUGGAUCUGAGCAAUAAUCAAAUCUCAAGCAUAUCGCAGAGGACGUUCGCCAAUUUGCGUAAAUUAGAAUUCUUAAAAUUGGGCGGUAAUCGUUUGGGAGACUAUGCGAGUAGUUUGAAAGCUUUAACACAAUGCUACAGUUUAAGAGAUUUGGAUUUAAGUGCCAAUAAUUUAAAUGGCCCACUAACAGCCUCCACGCUUCCUAUACUGAAGCAAUUAUCCAGCUUGAAUCUGAAUCGUAAUCUCAUUAAGAGCAUACAAAAUAAGGCUUUAAUGAAUUAUUCGCGUCUUACUACGUUGUCGUUACGUCAUAAUCAAAUCGAUGUUUUACAAGAUCAUGCCUUUUACGGUUUAGGUACGUUGGAAAGCUUGGACUUAAGUUACAAUGGCAUCGUGGCAAUAUCGAGCGCAUCUCUACAGCAUUUGACGCGUUUGAAAAUUUUGGAUUUAACGCAUAAUUUCUUGAGGGCCUUAACUGCCGAUCUAAUUACUCCUUUACCCUCUUUAACCGAUUUGCGUUUAUCUGGCAAUGAUAUCUCUAUAGUAGCCAAGCAUGCAAUGGAUGGUGCAAGAGAAUUAAAAAGUCUUUCAAUGCAAGAGAAUCCUUUAUCUUGCGAUUGUACAAUGCGUGAAUUUGCCGAAUGGUUGCAAAUAGCUAAACAAUUGACACAAGAUCUUAUUACAAUAACCUGCGUAACUCCGCCUAAAUUGGAAGGCGCUCCACUGAUCCAAGUACCCAUGGAAAUGCUUAACUGUGAUAUGGAUAAUGCGGAAAAAGAUAAUGCAAAUAUAAUCGAGCAACUGGAGGCGAUCACAAAACAAAAUCACUCGACGCAUAUUCGAGAUCUGUCAGAAGAGAUUGUAUUACAUGAAAUUCAUUACUCAGCCGAUUAUGGUCUAAUCUUAACUUGGAUUAUAAAUCUAAGUAAAGCUGAUUACAUGUGCGAUGCAAUAUUCGUUUAUAAGGAGGAGAAUAUUAACGAGAUUUUAAUUGACAACUCACCGGUAAUAAAAGACAUACAUUGCGAAAGUAAAAUCAUUAAUGGACAAAAUACAGUUAGUGUCAUUGUGCCGGAUAGCUCCACUUUGGAUGUAGGCGAGAGCUACCGGUUUUGCUUGGUUAUGAUCCAAGAUCGCAAUCCUCAAGCUGAACUAACCGUGGGCUGUUCAAAUAUCACGCAAUUGCAAUUAAGUUCUGGCGAUUCUUUGGCAAAAGUUCGUCAAUUUAGACGUCAUCCAUAUGCUGAUCUCUCGAAAUACGAUCGUAGUUCUGUAGAUGAUUCACAAACCGAAGAUUAUGCGAUUAAUAGUCGCAAAUUUAAUUCCCUAACCGUGCAACAAGACGACGUGCAACAUGCAAAGCAUUCUUUUAACAUUUUCAAUUCUCUAAAUCGAAGUUUCCUACCUGGCUUGGGUUUGGGUAUAUUAGUUACGUCAAUUGCGGUCCUAAUAUGGGGAGCUGCCCGUUUACGGCAAACCGCGAACAGUAGUCGUUCAAGUACACCGACAGCUACGACCUGUUAUGCAGCCUCGGAACAAAUUGCUCGUUUGGCUGAUGCGGAAAAUGGAGCGCGUUACUUGAAACUACAAGCUACUACAAGCCUUUGAAGGGAGGGGGAAGGGAGACAGAUAUUACAUUGACCAUAUUUGUGAAUCAGUUAAAAACAAUCGUUUUGCGCUGAUUCUUGUGAUAGUACUCUAUGUACCAAUAUUUAGUUUUAAUAAAUUUUUUUGUUUUUUUUUUUUUUUUUUUUCUUUCGAUAACACAAACUUCAAAGGAAUAUUAAUCACUUACUUACUUUAAUGUUUAAGCCAAAAGUUAGAUUUUUAUAAUUUAAGCAAUUUAAGUCCACUAUAUAUAUCUCUCUUACAUAAACACACACAC